AAGUUUUUAUUUGACCUUGUUUAUUUUCAUUAAGCCAGUUUUGAUAUUUUUCUACUUUUAAAUGUUAAGUUAGUUGAAAAAGGUUUUUGGCUUGAUUAUUCAUUUUGUUGAUUAGUUAAAUUUAUUUUUAACAAGUUUCAUAACUGACACCAGGCGGCAUAAGCGUUUUUAUAUUCUCUUUAUAAAACCGGAAAUGGUUAUUCCGUUUUGGUUUUUCAUUUUACUAUUUCUUUAAACAAUGCCGCGUGAAACGUCUACAUCAGUCGCUAGUCCCAAACCUUUUGGACCGGAUUUAGUGACUAAGGGUCCUCCACUGCCAAGCGAGUUGCUAUUCCCCGUACUUAUAGUGUCGCAAAGUCAUAACAUCAAUAACAUCUUAAACACGACGCGACAAAUUGGUGGAGUUCCGAAACCCGGAGGAUAAAUCUGAAAGACAGAUCAACAAUGCCAGCCCCGGCAAACAGAGAGGAAGACACAAGCACUAUGCAAACCCAUGACCAACAUGAGGACAUCGAUCAUUUAAAACGAAUACUGGAGGAGAAGGAAAAAGAGAUUGAAGCCCUCCGACAAGAGAACGAGGAAAUUCAGUUCCAAGACUUGGAAAACAGGCGGAGAGACCGUUGGCAGAUUGAAGACCGAGAGGAGGAGAUUAUACGCCUCCAAAAUGCCAUCCAGAACCAAAGACCAGAAACAAACACCGUGACAGCGUCCUCACCAAAGGUUAAACUGGAGAGUUACGAUGGACGCUCAUCCAUCAUCCACUGGUGGGUCAAGUUUAUGACAUUUAUUAGUUUACAGAAAUGGUCAGAGAAAGUGGCGAUUGACACCUUGCCAUUUUAUCUAAAAGGCGCCGCAGAGUCCUGGUUUUAUUCUGUGGAUGACGGAGUAAAGCAGUCCAUCUCAACCAUCAAACAAGCUAUUCAUAAUCGAUUUCAAGAAUCAUCCAGAAAUCGACUAGAAUUGAUGGAUGUGAAACAGAAAACAACCGAGUCAGUCGAGGAUUUUAUACAUAGGGUGACUCAAAUGACAACAGACAGACGCGUGGACCAGGAAUGGCUGAUCACAGUAAUCAUCAAUGGACUAAAACCGGACAUAGGAGCAGACGUAAUUAAGGUGGACCCGAGGACCCUGGAAGAACUGAGGAACGUGGCCAUCAGAUCUGAGGUCGCAGAGAGGAGACGCAACAACUCUACCACCAUUCAGGAGAACACCAACCUUGCGCUCCUCAAUGCUUUGCAAGACAUAAGGGAUGAUUUGAAGUCCAACAAUCAGCAACCACCUCAAUACCAACAACAACCCAGACGAUCUGGAAGACAGAGACCACCACACCCAGGCUUUCAUCAUCAGCAGCCGCAGCAACAACCCUGGUGGCCAGACUUUCAACAACCCCAGUGGCAGCAAUCUCGGUGGACAGAUCAACAACAACCUCGGUGGUCAGCACAGCCGCAACAGCAACCUGAAUGGCAAGAACCUGAUUGGCAGCAACCUCAGGGGCAGCAACAUCAGUGGCAGCAACCCCAGUGGCAGCAUGGACCACGGCCCGCCGGACCUCCUCAUCAUGGACCUCGCAGACCAGCCCAGUCCUACCACAAGAAGGGGAACUUUGGAAUUCAACAUUACAUGUUUGGGAUAUUCAUGGUCCUUUCCUUGUGUAUGGUGAUGGUGGAAUCAAGUAAAGUGGACACAUCAGCUUCUGAGGUCGUACAGCGAAUCAACUAUGGGGUCAUCUUUCAGGAACAGUCAAGUCUAAUGCUAGCUCAAGAAUAUUGGCUCCAUACCUUUCAUAUUCCUCUACCAACCAGGUUUCAUGUGAACAAAGUACCAUUUUGUAAUCUAAGUAGUACUCACCAAAUUACCUCUUGCCUAUUACUUAACAAUCUGGCUAACUUCAUCCAUGGUUUACAUGAACAAACUCUUUUGAAUUUUAAUGAAACUAUUAGAUCCAUUCAUAACAUGAUCCCUCAAACCAAAAUUACCAGUAAUCAACGUCAAUCAAGAUCUUUAUUACCCUUUAUUGGUUCAUUGUCAAAAAGCAUAUUCGGAACAGCAACCAUGGAUGAUGUUAAUAUCUUAGCAGGUCAUAUUAACGCUUUAAAUCACAAAACUGAAAGAUUAGCUGUUGCCUUACAACAACAUGGUGCACAUCUUUCUUCUUUCAUUUCACUAACAGAUAAACGCAUGAAAAACUUAGUGCAUGGAAUCAAGGCUAACUCUGACUAUAUCACAAAAGUAGCUUCUGAAUUCAAUAACAAACUCUUUGAUCUUGAAAAUGCUUUUGUUAACGUUUCGGAAAUUCUUACUAACCAGGUAAACCAAGCUACUCUUCUUAGAUCUCAAUUUACCAAGUUAGAAAAUUCAGUUGAAAGUCUUUUAGAAGGAAAAAUCAGUCCAUUUCUUAUUCCUAAACACUUAUUGUCAGAAAUCAUCGCCAAUAUUCGGCACAAACUUCAAAAAUCUUAUCAAAAAUUUUAUUUAAUUCAAUUGGAUGCUUCAUUUUAUUACUCAAGUGGUAAAUUCAUUUUUGCGCGCCACCACAAUGAUUUGUUUGUAACAGUCAAGUUCCCCAUUUCUUCUCAAAGACUUCCACUGAAACUGUAUAAGGUCAUUAGUUUACCUGUUCCCACCUCAGAAAAUGUAACAUCUAACAUGCAAGCUACCCAAUUGUUGUCCCUCCCAGAUUAUUUUGCCAUCACCCCACACCAUGAUUAUUUUAUUUCACUACAGUCAAAUGAGUUGACUGAUUGCAUUCAUUCGAGUUCAUCCAUAUUGUGUUUGUCUAAUUGGCCGCAGUCACCUAUCACAGUACCAGAUUGUACUAUGGCGUUGUUUGCGAACAAUGUUAGACAGGUCAAGGAGUUAUGUAAUUUUAGGUAUCUUCAGUCGGUGCUGAAAUCAAAUAUCAUAGAGUUGUCCCCAACUUCAGUUUUGUUGUAUAAUACACCCACAGUGGUCCUGGAUUGUCCACAGGAGAAGAAAAUUUUGAAGGGUUGUGCAUUUUGUGUACUGCAUAUUCCAUGUAGAUGUUCGUUAUCUACAGAGGCAUUGUUCUUUGCACCAAGAUUGGUCAGUUGUUAUGAAAAGUUAUCAAAUUAUUCUGUCAUUCAUCCUGUCAACUUAGCAUUGCUACAACAGUUUUUUGAUGAAUCUUCUUUACAACAGAUUUAUGGCAAUACAUUUUUUCCAACACCUGUCAACAUGUCCAUACCUAAGUUCACAUUUUUCAAUCACACUAUCAGGGAUGUGUUAGCCAAUGAUCACAAGGCCCAUUUGAAUUUGAAGAAAAUAGCCUCUGCUGUUAAGAAUGAUCAGAAAAUCUUUAAAUCUCUUGCUGAACCAUUAUUAGAUGGACAAAUUCAAAUUCCUCAAGAAUGGCCCAAUACCUCAGACAUCAUUACAUUAGUUUCUCUGAUUUUGGCAGGUAUAUGCUUAGCAUUAUGCAUUGCACUAUGUAUCAAGGUACGGAAAAUUUGCACUACAUUGUUAAUUUUGAAGGAGGUACAGCAUGCAGCUUCUCAAAAUGUUCCCUCUUUUAUCUAUAGACAGCCCACUAGUCAAACCCAGGUUGAGGAGACUUCUGAUGUGUUUAUUGAAUUUACUUGGGUACAUGCUUCAGUCAUUAUUUCGGUCAUUGUUUUGGUCAUCCUUUUAAUUGUGAUGUAUCUUUUGUACAAAUCUAAGUCGCACAAGGGAUCAAUCAUAGCACUAGAGUUAACCUCAGGUGGAGAUUGUGUCAUAGUUCCAAUUACACAGUUGUCUCUUUGCCCAUCAUACUAUGUCAUUACAAAACCAACCAUUUCAGAUAUCUCUGCAUCAAAUUUCCCUUCCUGCAAAAUCAUUGCGAAAUGGUCCAAAUUUUCUGUCACUGACAAACAAACUCAAACAACAAUCAAAAUUCCUCACAAAUUCUCUGUCAACCCUUGGUUACAUUACAAAGUAAGCAAAAUUCUUCAACAACCUUUCAGAGCUUAUGUCAUAAUCAUUCACAACAGAUAUGCAUUCCACUUGCAAGAUACACAGUAAAUAUUUAGGGCAACUUCUUUUAAUGACCACAAAAAAAAAAAAAAAGAUUAAAUUCAGUUUAAAUUCUCAUUAUUCUUUUUGGAUAUAAUUUUUUUUUGUUUCAAACCGUACAGAAUCACAAAACUUUGCCAAUUGGCUCUUAUUGUUACAUGUACUAACAUUUUUUUUUCCACUCUCUAUGAAUUAAUAAACUAAACAGCAACAAUUUUUUCCCAUCUCAACCUCUCCUAACUUCUAACAUUUUGUUUCCU